UAGGACAGAAACUUUACAUUUUCCCUCACCAGGUUUAACUCGUAAACAGAUUUUCUAGCACCAUCCGAUCUUCCGGAAAACCAACGGAGGGUAUAUCGCCUGAUAACGUCACCGUCUCUUGUAGUUUCAAAAAAUUGUUCAAAAAUCUCUGUAUUCUGGUCUCUUUUGAUUUCGAUUUAACCGCUCAAAAUUCUCUUCGAUGGCCGCCAAUUCGAGCAGAGGUGCUUCCUUAUACGGCGGUGCUGCUCCCUACAGAUCAAGGGAAGGGCUGAGCACGAGACCGGUGGCGGGCUCCGAUGAAAUACAAUUACGGAUUGAUCCGAUGCAAGCUGACUUCGAUGAUGAGAUCUCUGGUCUCCGUAGCCAAGUUAGGCAAUUGAGAAAUGUGGCUCAAGAGAUAGGAAUGGAAGCAAAGUUCCAUAAGGAUUUCUUGGAUAAGCUGCAAAUGACCGUGAUAAAAGCUCAAGCAGGUGUGAAGAACAACAUAAGGAAAUUGAACAGGAGCAUCAUUAAGAAUGGUGGAAACCAUGUGGUCCAUGUGGUUCUUUUUGCACUAUUUUGUUUCUUUGUUGUCUACAUGUGGUCCAAAGUAUCCAGAAGAUGAUGUGUUGGCCACUGAAAAAAUGUUGAGAUCCAUGGGCAUUCCUUGCAUGGAUUGGGAUUUGGGAGGUGAAAUGCGGGAUCCAUUGCAAAAUCUUCACAUUAGCUUCUUCAUUUAACAUUAGUUUAUGUUACAUUAUAGUUGAACUGUAGAUAUUGUGUAACAAAGAGAGAUUAUCACUACGCCUGAUUUCUGGUUGUUGAUGUAUAAACAAAGCUAUAUUCCAUGCAAUUAAGCUUUACUAAUACAAUUGUGCACUUCACAUUUUUAGAA